GCCCUAAGAUUUGUUUGAACGUGAUAACGAUAUGAAUAAGUUUCCUGUUAGUCUGAAUGACCGUAGACAUCAUGAAGCAGGGCGAAUUAAUUUCAGAUAGUGAUCUUGUAAACUUUAAUACUAAUAACUCAAAAAGUGGCAGACCUGCAUUGACAAAAGCCGGUUUCGUUAUUUUAGGUGUUUCGGGAGCUUGUUUUUUUGGCGUGUACGCCGUUGCCACCCCAUUUUUGUUGCCCGCUUUAAGACGAAUCUGUCUUCCAUUUGUACCAGCAACUGCGAAUCAAGUCACUAAUGUGUUUUCUGCAUUACGAGGUCGUUCGGGAACUCUGAUAGAUAUUGGAAGUGGUGAUGGGAGAAUUGUGAUUGAAGCAGCAAAGCGUGGUUUCCAGGCCUCGGGGGUAGAACUGAAUUCCUGGUUAGUGUGGUAUUCACAGUGGACGGCUUACAGACAAGGCUUUACUACAAAAGCUACUUUCUUCCGAAAAGAUUUGUGGAAGACAAACAUGUCACCAUAUAGAAAUGUUGUUAUCUUUGGUGUGGAACAAAUGAUGGAGCCACUUGAGAGGAAGUUGGACAUGGAGCUCCCGCCAGAUGGCGUUGUGGUGGCGUGUAGGUUUCCAUUUCCAACAUGGCAGCCAUCUGUUGUGGUUGGCUCCGGUGUGGACACUGUGUGGUUGUACAGGAGGAGUCACAUACAUUUAUGACUCAGAUUUCCGGUGUGAACACUGUGUGGUUGUAUAGGAGUCACAUACAUUUAUGACUCAGAUUUAGUAUGCCAGUGACAGACUGUUUACUGUCUGGAUCCGGUGUGGGCACUGUGGAUAUACAGGAGUCACGUACAUUUAUGACUCAAAUUUAAUAUCCUGGAUGACAGACCGCUUAAUUACCGUCUGGAUCCAGAUAUAAUCACCCUCACAAUGCAUGCAGGGCUCAAACUUACGAAUCUGUUACCAACAGCAAUUCUGAAAUAUUUUUGCCACAGGCAAAAUUCUCACCAACGGCAAUUUUAAAUUAGUAACUUUUGCAACAAAUAUAAAAACCAAAAAUAGUCCUUUCAAUGGACAGCAAUUCAAAUUGCAGCUACAGCAAUUGCCAUCGGUGCAGUCAUUAAUUUCGAGCCCUGCAAUGGGCUCAUUAAUUUCGAGCCCUGCAAUGGGCUCUGGGUUUUCACCCCAUCCCAACCAGUGCCUGGUAUAGGUACAUCUAAGGUAGUGGUAUGUACUGUCAUGUCUAUGGGAAAGUGCACAGAGCUGGUUUAAGGAUCCGCGGGGUCUGUAGCACAAAUAACAGCGGGGCCCCCUUCCCAGGAUAUAUAUUUUGCAAUCCUCUCGGGGAGAGGGGGAAAAUGACCUGGGCAAAAUAAAUGUACACAUCGUGGGGCCCCCUGAAGUGCGGGAUCCGUAGCACGUGUACGACUAGGAUAAACCGGCUCUGAAAAUGCACAUAAAGCAUCCCCAGGAUUAGUCCAUGUGGUAGAAGCAAGUUUCUAGAUUAUGUCGAAAUAGCUACAUGUUUAGACCCCAUUAACGAACUGAGAAGCAAGUUUCUAGAUUAUGUCGAAACAGCUACAUGUUUAGACCCCAUUAACGAACUGAGAAGCAAGUUUCUCGAUUAUGUCGAAACAGCUACAUGUUUAGACCCCAUUAACGAACUGAGAAGCAAGUUUCUCGAUUAUGUCGAAACAGCUACAUGUUUAGAUCCCAUUAACGAACUGUGAAGCAAGUUUCUAGAUUAUGUCGAAACAGCUACAUGUUUAGACCCCAUUAACGAACUGAGAAGCAAGUUUCUAGAUUAUGUCGAAACAGCUACAAGUUUAGACCCCAUUAACGAACUGAGAAGCAAGUUUCUAGAUUAUGUCGAAACAGCUACACGUUUAGAUCCCAUUAACGAACUGAGAAGCAAGUUUCUAGAUUAUGUCGAAACAGCUACACGUUUAGACCCCAUUAACGAACUGAGAAGCAAGUUUCUAGAUUAUGUCGAAACAGCUACAUGUUUAGACCCCAUUAACGAACUGAGGUGGGGCUUUCCUUUCCUUUCUUUAUCCUCUUUAUCUUAGGCUACAUCAUUUAUUGAUGUUCUGGAAGUCAUCUUUAUAAAUCAGUAUUUUCCCUUGAAAUUUGUCAAGGCAUGGCAACUAAACACUUUUGAGGCAUUUUCCCCAUUUUCAGGGCACUAGUUUUGUUUCAUUAAAGACAAAACAUUUGAAAUGAAAAUAAAUGUACAUAAUUAAUGUGCUUUUUUUUCUUGUUUUUUUUUAAAUAAAUGAAUGGCAGUUUAUAACAGGGAUAUUUUAUUAUUUAAUAAUGCACUUUCUGAUUGUUUUAUAAAGGCAAUUUUAGAAUUAAUUAUUAAAAAAGGCUUAUUUAAUAUCAGGGAAGCAUGGCACUGAUUAUGGUUAUAUGGGGUUAGACCACUGAGGCAUGGUGCCACACCAUUCUAAAACACUAUACGUAUAAAUUAUAUACUCAUUGAUUCAACUGAGGCUGCAUGUCUACGGGCGUUUUUCCCAUUCCAACCAAACAUGACUAGGAUAGCAACAUGGUGUUGUGUUUUUACCCUAUAUGUAAUCUGUGUGUAAUGAUAUAUUUUGUAAUAAAUAUGCAGAUUUGU